GAUAUUAUUUUUGGGGGUUUGACCUCGGAGACAAAUCAAGUUCAUCUAAUAUUUGUCUGAAUCAACAUCAUCAUGGCUGAGUCUGGUUUCCCUUUACCACCAGAGGACUUCUGUGCACUGUGUGCGGACACACUAAGAGACCCGGUCACCAUCCCCUGUGGAGAUACCUACUGCCUGGAGUGCAUCACGGUCUACUGGGACCAGUUUGACCACAUGGGUGUGUACAGGUGCCCACAGUGUCGCGCCACCUAUACACCACGGCCUGCGCUUAAACGAAAUCUCCCCGACGUGAACAAAGAGACACCACGCCAGCUCCCGGAGCUCACUCCUUUCCCCUACAUGCAACGAGAAUCUUUCUGCGAUUUCUGUGUCGGCCAUCGCAAAAAGGCUGUUAAGUCUUGCCUCAUGUGCUUGGCCUAUUACUGCGAAACUCAUGUCAAGCCACAUUACGAGUCAUCCACCUUCAAGAGACACAAGCUGGUCGAUGAGAUGGGCCACCUGGACAGGAAAAUAUGCCCCCAGCAUGAGAAAGGCCUCGAGCUGUUCUGUCGCACGGACCAAAUGUGUAUCUGUGUGCUGUGUACGGUCAGAGAGCACCGGAGCCACAACAUUACCUCAGCAGAAGAAGAGCGCAACGAAAAACAAAAAGUCCUGGUGGUCACGCAGUCUGAGGUCCAGUACAUCAUUCAGGAGAGGAUGAAGGAAUUGCAGGAGCUCAGACAUAAUGUGGAAGUUCUCAAAAGUGGUGCCCAGCGAGCACAGGCAGAAAGUGAUAAGACCUUUCAUGAAAUGCUGCAGGCGGUGGAGCGCUGGAAGGCUGAAAUCCAUCAGAUGAUAACAGCCAACAUGCAGUCUGCGAUGUCGCAGGCUGAGGGCUACGUGGACCGUCUGGAGCAGGAGAUACAGGAGCUACAGCGCAGAGACGCAGAGCUCCGGCAGAUCCUCGAAACAGAGGACAACAUUCACUUUCUGCAGAAUUUUCCGACUCUGUGCAUUCCUCCUGAGGCCAUGGUGCCCAAAGUGCUCAUCAACCCUCAGUUCUCCUUUGGAGAGAUGAGCAAGACGGCCACGGAGAUGAAGGAACAUCUGGAUGACAUCUGUAAGAAGGAAUUGAGCAAAAUCUCCAAAACAGUUAGUGAAACCCCAGUGUACAUACUUUUGCCAAGAAAUGGAGACAAACGACUCAAAGUUCCUUCCAGAGUUGAUUUUCAGGAGCCAAAAACCAGGAUGGACUUCUUAAGAUACACGUGCAAGAUGUCCUUUGAUCCAAACACGGUCUAUAAAGAGCUGGUCCUGUCCGAGGGCAACCAGAAGGUCAUGCGGAAGAAAGCAGUCCAGUUUCACCCAGAUCAUCCAGAACGCUUUGAUGGUUACUCGCAGGUGUUGUGCAAGGAGGCUUUUACUGGUUUCAGGUUUUACUGGGAGGCAGAGUGGAGUGGCGAGUUUUCCAUCGGGGUGGCCUACAAGAGCAUCAGUCGCAAAGGGAAGAACUCGCACAGCCUGCUGGGCUACAACGACAAGUCCUGGAGUCUCCUCUGCUCCGAUUCAGGCUACUCUGCCUGGCACAACAAAGUAGACAGAGGCCUUCCUGAAGCUCCCAGAGCCACACGGAUUGGUGUGUACCUGGAUUAUGCCGGAAACACUGUGGCCUUUUACUCGGUAUCAGAGACCAUGGCACUGAUCCACAGAUUCAAAGCUCAGUUCAGUGAGCCUUUGUAUGCUGGUUUUGGUGUGGGCUCGUCUGUAACCCUCUGCCAGCUAAAGAAAAAUGCAAAGCCUUACUAAAUUAAAUAAAUAAAUGAGGGAAGUUAAAUUCGAUCGUGAAGGGUCAGAAGAACUAAAGCUGUCAACUGGAUGAGAGAGAGAGAAAGCAGCAGAAAGUCAUCAACAGCAAGACGAACAGAUACAAAGCUGCUACCAUCAAGAAAACCCUUUUAUGUGAAUUGGUAUCCAUACACUGGACAACGUAAUCACUAUCAGCCGAGAAACACAGCAACAUGCCAGCUUGUACCUCAGAGCUUUACACCUGAGAAAUAUCAGAGUGGACGGGUGCAAGGUAUUAUUUCAGACAGAUGGAGCUCUGCACAAGAGGACGUGUAUUCAGGAAUAUUACAUUCAAGAACGUAAAUAGGUCUGAAAUGAGACUGAGUGAUAGUUGGUGGAUGAGAAAAUGCAAUAAGCCCGAGACACAAAAGAAAAUCUCAACCAAAAUCUAAUUUGAACUUAAUCACAGGGUUUAAAAGCUGAAAAUAAGUCGUCCAUAUUCUCUAAGCUAACAUGAUUUGCAAGAGAAAUUAUCUGAAGAAACAACGCUGCUUUACAUGUUCGUCACAGACGUGAAAGCACGUCCAUGGCCCUAUUAUGCAAACUUGCAGGUGUUGGAGGCAGUCAAUAGUAAAACUACUAAAUAAAUGUUGGUGACCGCUAUAAUAAAAACAUUAAGUGCAAUAAUAACAGUGUAUAUCAUGACAGUUGACCUAAAACUUUAGUUUACAUUUAUUUCUAUGGCAGCAAUGCAAAUUAAAUACAAAUAUAUAAUGAGAUUAAAGUCACAUUUUCAUUAUGCAUGGAUAUUAUAGUAUACUUUUUUAUUCAGUUUUAUUUUAUUGUCUCUCUUCUGUACAGUAUGUGCUAAAUUAUAAAAUGGUAUACAAACAUACCGAAUGUCAAAUGUUAAAGGUAGGCUUCUUUUUUUUGGAAACGCAAACAGAAAAAAAAAAAAAUGCAUUUGCUUGAGCUU